AAUGUCCGCUUAAUUGAUCGUAUAUCUUCCAGGAAAGCUGCACUGGGGACUCUGUAUUUAACAGCUACUCAUGUUAUUUUUGUGGGAAAUGUGUCUGAAACUCGUAAAGAAACUUGGAUUCUUCACAGCCAAAUUUCCUCCAUCGAGAAACAGGCCACAACUGUUACUGGCUGCCCUUUGCUGAUUCGCUGCAAGAACUUCCAGAUCAUCCAGCUUAUCAUUCCUCAGGAAAGAGAUUGCCAUGAUGUUUACAUAUCUUUAAUACGUCUGGCACGGCCAGUGAAAUAUGAAGAGCUCUACUGCUUCUCAUUCAACCCAAAGUUAGAUAAAGAAGAGCGAGAACAAGGAUGGAAGCUUGUGAGCCUCAAUGAAGAAUAUAAUCGGAUGGGUGUUCCAAAUAACUAUUGGCAGAUCAGUGAUGUAAACAGAGACUACCAAGUCUGUGAUUCAUACCCUACUGAAGUGUACGUACCAAAAUCUGCAACUGCACACAUCAUUGUGGGGAGCUCUAAAUUCCGGAGCAGAAGACGUUUCCCAGCCCUUUCCUACUACUGUAAGGAUAAUAAUGCCUCAAUCUGCAGGAGCAGCCAGCCCUUGUCUGGUUUCAGUGCUCGGUGCCUUGAGGAUGAACAGAUGCUACAGGCCAUCAGAAAGGCAAAUCCAGGAAGCAAUUUCAUAUAUGUUGUUGACACUCGGCCUAAACUCAAUGCAAUGGCAAACAGAGCAGCAGGGAAAGGAUAUGAGAAUGAAGACAAUUACUCCAACAUCAAGUUUCAGUUCAUUGGUAUUGAGAACAUCCAUGUUAUGAGGAGCAGUCUGCAAAAAAUGCUAGAAGUUUGUGAGCUGAAGUCCCCUUCUAUGAGUGACUUCCUCUGGGGCCUGGAGAAUUCUGGCUGGCUAAAACACAUCAAAGCCAUCAUGGAUGCGGGCAUCUUCAUUGCAAAGGCUGUGGCAGAGGAAGGCGUGAGUGUUCUUGUUCAUUGCUCAGAUGGCUGGGACAGAACAGCUCAGGUUUGCUCUGUAGCAAGCCUUCUAUUAGAUCCAUUUUACCGAACUCUAAAGGGAUUUAUGGUAUUAAUUGAAAAAGAUUGGGUUUCCUUUGGGCACAAAUUUAAUCACAGGUAUGGCUAUUUAGAUGGAGAUCCAAAAGAGAUAUCCCCAGUUAUUGAUCAGUUCAUCGAGUGCGUUUGGCAGCUAAUGGAACAGUUUCCCUGUGCCUUUGAGUUCAAUGAAAGAUUCUUGAUCCACAUACAACAUCAUAUCUAUUCCUGCCAGUUUGGUAACUUUCUGUGUAACAGCCAGAAGGAGCGGCGAGAGCUGAAAAUUCAAGAACGAACAUAUUCGCUUUGGGAUCACUUGUGGAAGAAUCGUGCAGAUUACAUUAAUCCUCUGUAUAGAGAAGACCACAGUCAGACCCAGGGGACACUGCGCCCACAGACAGCUCCCUGCAAUUUCUUGUACAAGUUCUGGAGUGGUAUGUAUACCCGCUUUGAAAAGGGGAUGCAUCCCCGGCAGUCAGUUACCGAUUACCUGAUGGCAGUGAAAGAAGAAACUCAGCAGUUAGAGGAAGAGCUGGAAGUCUUAGAACAGAGAUUGGCAGAUCUCAAAAAAGUGCAGUUAAACAAUAGAAAAGAAAACUCUAAGCAACAAGACCACAACACACACUUAGGGCUUUCUACCUCUAACAACAGCAUAGCUAACACACCCCAGGAUUACAUUAAUAAUGUGAAAUCAUUCCCAUCCCGGAGCCCUUCACAAGGAGACGAAGAAGACUCAGCCCUGAUUCUGACCCAGGACAACCUGAAAAGCUCUGAUCCUGACCUCUCAGCCAACAGUGAUCAGGAGUCAGGUGUGGAAGAUUUGAGCUGCAGGUCCCCAAGCGGUGGUUGUUGCCUGCCUAGUGAAGACAGUGGCAAAGAUUCAGAUGAAGCUGUGUUUCUCACUGUCUGA